AUGUCGCUGCCAAAGUUUGGGCAUGCGGGAGCAGCCAUCGCUAGAACUCGAACCUGGAACCCUAGACUUUUUGGAGCCGCUACUCCUAGGCCUAUUAAUCAAGUGCCCAACUCAAAUGAGACGUUGAGCAGUGAUGCGACCGGAACAACAGGUGCGACGGCCGAUGAAAACCACGACAGCAAGGCUUAUUCCACUGCCCCCCAAAAUAUGAAGCAGAAGGCACGAGAGGUGGGGAGUGAGAUGUCGGCCAAGGCAGAGAAUAUGGGGGAGAAAGCGAAGCAGGCAAUGCAGGAUGCAUGGGAUUCCACCAAGAACUCUGCUCACAGGGCUGCUGACACUGUACUUGGAAAGGCUCAGGACUCCGCCCACUCCCUCAAACAAAACGCCGACUCUCUCAAGAGAUCCAACAACAACUGA